AUGGUUGGAGAUCGAGUCCUCAUCCCAGAUUGUCCUGAUAAUUGCUUGCUUGAUGUGAAACCGGAAAUCAUACCCGCAUUGAGUGUUUAUGGACAGGGUGAGGAUCUUGGGAAUUUGGGAGGUUGUCAGUCCGAGUUUGUUCGUGUCCCCGUCGCAGACAAAUCCAUGAUCAUACUGGGCGAAGAGCAUGAUCACAUAGAAGAUAAAGAUUUCCUAGUCCUCACCGAUAUUUUCCCUGCGGCCUGGAUCGGAGUUACCUGGUCCGACUUUGAGGCAGGAAAUAUGUCGUCGGUCACGUCGAGGAGCGGCUCGAAGCCGCAGCGUGAACCAUCGGCACAAAUGCUUGCCCGGGAACUGGACGGUGUCCAACGCACCGUGGAUUUUGUUGAAGAGGAAUGUCUAAAUGGCAAACUGAAGCACGAACAGUCAUUUGUAGUCGCACAGGCGAUCAAAUGUACAAGUGUGGGUGGUGGUGUCGGGGUGAUUGGAGUACAUUUCGCUUUGCCGACUUCCAAUGGAGUGAAGCGAGGAAAUACCAUUUCGCCCACAAUGGAUUUUCCCAUGACUUUUUUCUGGGAGAAGAACUUAACCCUGCGCGGGGGUACAGUGGAUAGCAAGUUAUUAGUUGAGCCAUUGUUAGAACUUGUGAAAAAUGGCGGAGCUAAGCCUGGCUUUGUUUUCUCUUCCACAAUUGAUAUUGAACAGGCGUCUACGGCAUACCGCCGAUUUGAUGAUAAGUUGGAGACUAAGGUUAUGAUCAAGUUCCCUCGCGAUGGAAAAGAAAAUGGUCAUGUUGCGCCGGAGACUUCGGAGAAUGGGGGGCUGGAAAAGGGCGCGAAUUUACACGGUGGCCAAUGGCGUGGCAAGACCAAGCGGCGUUCGACCUCUUUACAAGCUGCUCAUAAACGAGCGAAUAAUUAG